AACGAGGAAAGGGGAAAGUGUUAUCGGUGAAACUGAAAGUGAUGGAAGACUAGUGUGUUAUAAUAUGUAUGUACCAAUCGUAUUUUGUGUGAAUAAAAACUAGUGAAGACGUGAUUGGUUAUGAAAUAAUGUCUGCAAUAAAACGAUUUUGUAUAGGCAACUUCAUGCUAUCUAUUUGUACUUGUCUCACUUUGCAUCUUGUAGUAGUGUUCGAUAGCUUUUUAUUGAGUUAACUUUUAAUAAUUAGGAAUAUUUCAUUGCCUAAUUAUCUAUUUACAGUAAUUUAACUUAUUGCUAAUUAGAGAGUUGGUAAAUUGCUCUCGUAAAGAAGUUCGAGUAUUGUGUUAAAAUAUCGUUUGUUUUUCAUCAGUCACCGAAUCACCGUGGAGUGUUAUCCAAUCAGCUGACCGCUCAUCAUUUCUAUAUAAACCCGAAUCCGAAUCAUGGACACCGGAAAUUCAAGCCAGGCAACAGCUGAUCACCAGAAACCGAAAAAGUUGAUCAGAAGUCAGUUCAAAGAUAUCAUGGUCAAAGUAGACGAAGAUAUUUAUUACCUGGAUCGGCUACAGUUAGCUUUACAAUCGGGAUAUUUCGAAAAACUAUUCACCGAAGAUUACCGAGAUAGGAACUGCGACUUGAUAGAAAUCCCACUGAUCGACACCGAUACAUUUUCCGCCGCCGUUGAUAUAAUUUAUGGGGAAAAAUUGAAUGACGUCAUAGACGACGAUAAUUAUGCAUCGUUGUUGAUAGCUAUGGAUUAUCUGCAAAUGGACAUUGACGAGGAUAUUUACAGACAAAUUUUGACCGACCGCUUUAUUUGUCGCGAGAUGAUGGGGUUUUAUUACUACUGGGCCCAUCCGUUUACCAAAGACGUAUUCAAAUUAUACAGUUUCAUCACGGUAACUGCCAAUUACCAGAAUUUAUUGCCAGUUGUUUUUCAACUCCUGUCUCAAAAUAUCCUGAAAUUUCAAGAUCACGAUGAAUAUCUAUCAAUUCCGUUCGAUCAUUAUAUUCACAUAAUUUCACAACGAGGGUUUUGUUGCUACGGAGAAGAACAUCAAACGCAGGCGUUCAGUAAAGUUUGUGCCAAGUGGAUCUGUCACGAUAUAGAAAAUCGUUUACCCCGCAUAAUAGAGCUCGUAAAUGCUGCCAGGUACAGAUACUACUGUCCGAACGAGCUUUCUUACGAUGAUACUAACUUACGGUUGCCUGCCAUCGAUGAGUCUACCAAUGUAGAUAAAGUUUCAAGACACUUCUACAAAUUAUUCACCUAUACUGGAGAAAUCAGGCGUGGUAUUUUUGAUAAAGUAAAAUUGGAAGUAUAUGAAGAUAAAAAAUACCCAGAUUUCCAUCAAAAUGCGCAGAACAAAUAUUAUCACGUUGUGCACCGUACUGGUUCAUCAAGAGGAUGCGAACGUCACAAAAUAUGGACUGUUCCUAAUAAGGACUCAAAACUGCAAGCUUUUUUGAGAAAUGGCCACUUGUACGACAUCACAAUCAAAGCUGGUGAAAAACUAUAUAAACUCCAUCGAGCUGUAUUGAAAUCGGAGUCUUUGUACUUCGAGGAAAUGUUUGUUGAAGAGUGUUCUGAGUUCGCUGCACAAUCCGAGAGUACACCACCAAUCCCUCCGUGCAAGGAUAAAAUAUAUUUUAUGGAUGAUAUCGAUUCCGCAUUAUUUGAUAGUAUAGUCGAUCAUAUCUACAAAUUGCGGAAUUAUGCAGAGUUCGCAUCUGUCGGGAUAGUUCGUUUAUUCAAAGCUGCCCAUAAAUUGAAAAUUGUCAGUUUGAAGAAUUCGUGUGAGAAAUGGAUGGAGGACAAUUCCGAAGUGUGCGCUGAAGAUGUCAUUGAAAUGUUGAAUUUCACUCACGAACACAUCGAAUACAAAUCAUUGAACGAUGUUUUCUUAACCAAAUAUCUGGUCGACUCGUGGCCAAAAAUACCCGAGCUGCAAUCUGCCGCAAGUUAUCCGCAGCGGUUAAACGCAAAUAUCCUCAAUAUUACCCGCAAAAAUUGUAGGCCAGCGCAGGCGCUAUCUAUAGGCAAUGCGAGUAAUUACAACGUUCAGUGAAACGUUGAGUAGUGCCUGCAAGGUUAGAAACGCAACCAUUUUUUUGCCGUUUCAAUUAUAUUGCCUACCAUUUUAAGAAUAAGGCAUUUUCUGGUCUCUUACCCACUUGACAAUGGAUUCACAGGUGAAAAAACCGGAGAGAAUUUAAAAAAGCCUGCGGAAAAAUGGCAGUAAACCACAGGUGAAAAAACAGCCGCUCCCAGCGGCUGUUUAAGCAGCUUUUCAAGUGGCUUCUUUAGUUUAAUCAUACCACUGAAAGUUUUAGGUUGGGGUUCCCAAAGGCCCAAAUCCACAAAUGAAUAUUGAAAAAAAAUAAUACCCAAUAAUAAAUGAAUAAAUGCAAUUUCAAC